CGUACGUAGGCCGGCAGAGUGAUCACUUCCUCAUCUCAUCAACAGCCUGCUUCUCCUCCUUUGGCUCAAGCAUAUAUAGCAGCAGCGGAGCAGCCUCUUUCGCUCAACUGUUAACCCGGCGAGGCUGCGAACUGCUGCAACGAUGUUCCUCAACCUUCGUGUCAUGCUCGUCUCAGCUGUGCUCUUUCUUUCUCUCGGAACCUGCUCGGCCGGGGGAGUUGCAUCUCCGGACACCCUGAACGAUGGCCGGCGCAACAUCACCGACGGCCAGACGCUCGUCUCGGCCGGUGGCUCCUUCACCCUCGGGUUCUUCUCGCCGGGCGAGCCGAACAGGAGGUACGUCGGGAUAUGGUUCUCCGCGUCCACCGACGCCGUGGUCUGGGUGGCCAACCGCGACAGCCCGCUCAACGACACCGCCGGCGUGCUGGAGAUCGACGGGGCAGGCAGGCUUCUCCUGCUCGACGGCUCCGGCCGGACCGCGUGGUCCUCCUUAAACACGACGACCGGUGGCGCCACUUCUUCUUCGUUCUCCGCGGCCGCGAAGCUGCUCGAGUCCGGCAACCUAGUGGUGGUGCGCGACGAAGAAGAAGGCAGCGGCGCCGUGCUGUGGCAGUCGUUCGACCACCCAUCCAACACCCUGAUCGCCGGGAUGCGGCUGGGCAGGAACCCGCAGACGGGCGCCGAGUGGUCCCUCAGGUCUUGGCGCUCCCCGGAAGACCCGGCGACUGGGGACUGCCGGCGCGCCAUGGACACGAGGGGGCUGCCGGACUGCGUGUCGUGGCGCGGCGACGUCAAGAAGUACCGGACGGGGCCGUGGAACGGGCUGUGGUUCAGCGGCGUCCCGGAGAUGGCGUCCUACUCCGACAUGUUCACGAACCAGGUGGUGGUCCGGCCCGACGACGUGGCCUACGUGUUCAACGCCACGGCGGCGGCGCCCUUCUCGCGGCUGGUGCUGAGCGAGGCCGGCGUGAUCCAGCGGCUGGCGUGGGACGGCGGCAGCCGGGUGUGGAACGUGUUCGCGCAGGCGCCGCGGGACGUGUGCGACGACUACGCCAAGUGCGGCGCCUUCGGGCUGUGCAACGUCAACACGGCGGCCACUCUCUUCUGCGGGUGCGUGCAGGGGUACGUGCCCGUGUCCCCCGCGCACUGGUCCAUGAGGGAGGCCGCCGCCGGCUGCCGGAGGAACGUGCCGCUGGACUGCCGCGACGGGGGCGCCACCACGGACGGGUUCGCCGUGGUGUCCGGCGUGAAGCUCCCUGACACCGACAACGCGACGGUGGACGUCGGGGCGACGCUGGAGGGAUGCAGGGCGAGGUGCCUGGCCAACUGCUCCUGCGUGGCCUUCGCCGCCGCUGACAUCAGAGGAGGCGGCGGAGGCAGUGGCUGCGUCAUCUGGGCCGGUGACAUCGUCGACGUCCGGUACGUCGACAAAGGCCAGGAUCUCUACGUGAGGCUGGCAAAAUCUGAACUAGCAGCUGCUAAUAAGAAGAGGGGGAGUAUCUUGAAGAUUUUGCUACCAGCCACUGCAUGUCUGCUUGUACUGAUGUGCAGCAUAUUCCUUGUUUGGAUAUGCAAGUUCAGAGGCAACCGUCGAAACAGGGAUAACCAGGCAAAGUCGAUUCUACGGGGCGCAUCAAACCAACUAAUUGGUGAUGAAAAUAUCGAGCUUCCAUUGGUGAGCUUCAAAGACAUUGUUGCCGCCACAAACGAUUUCUCUAACGAGAACAUGCUCGGACAAGGAGGCUUUGGGAAGGUUUAUAAGGGAAUACUGGAAGAUGACAAAGAAGUUGCUAUCAAAAGGCUCAGUAAGAGUUCUGGACAAGGAGCGGAGGAAUUCAGAAAUGAAGUUGUUCUAAUUGCCAAGUUGCAGCAUAGGAACCUUGUCAGGCUUCUUGGUUAUUGUAUUCAUGAAGAUGAGAGGCUGCUGAUUUACGAGUACUUACCAAACAAAAGCUUGGAUGUCUUCAUUUUUGACGCUGCAAGUAAGUAUGUCCUUGAUUGGCCAACAAGGUUCCAAAUAAUCAAAGGGGUAGCCAGAGGACUUCUUUAUCUCCACCAAGAUUCAAGGCUGACCAUAAUUCAUAGAGACCUUAAAUCAAGCAACAUCUUGUUAGAUGUGGAUAUGAGCCCAAAGAUAUCAGAUUUUGGUAUGGCAAGAAUCUUUGGUCGCGACCAGCAAGAAGCAAACACUAACCGAGUUGUUGGUACAUAUGGUUACAUGUCUCCUGAAUAUGCGAUGGAUGGCGCCUUCUCUGUCAAGUCUGAUACUUACAGCUUUGGUGUUCUACUCUUGGAGAUCAUAAGUGGUCUGAAGAUUAGCUUACCUCACCUCUCAGAAUUUCCAAACCUCUUAGCUUAUGCAUGGAACUUAUGGAAUGAUGGGAAGCCAAUGGAUAUGGUGGACUCUUCCAUUGCUGAUAACUGUUCACCAACUGAAGUUCUACGGUGUAUUCAUAUAGGGCUCUUAUGUGUGCAAGAUAAUCCUUACAAUAGGCCACUCAUGUCAUCGGUUGUGUUCAUGUUAGAGAACGAAACCACAGAACUUUCAACACCAAGACAACCCGUGUAUUUUGCAUACAGGAACUCUGAAGCAAAAGAAACAGGGGAAAAUACCAGCAGCUCAAUGAAUAACAUGAGUGUCACGAUGUUCGAAGGGCGGUAGAUACUCCGUAAUUUAAUGUGUAAACCAUUUCCCUUUUUUCAGUCAUGUACUUCACUGUAACAUUUCAGUCAUGUACUUAACUGUAAGAUUUUACAUUAUAAGAGAAAGGAGGUUGUUCGGUUGAAGCAAUCUUACUAAGGUUACGUUUGCUGCAAUACCGGCAGAAAAAUGCUUUUAGUUGAAAAUUUUGCACACGGUUAAUCUUUGACAUC